UGGCUAUUCUGAUGUCCUUUACAGUAAUCAUGAUGUAGUGAUUUGUAUACUUCUAUGGCACCGGAGAACCGCGGCUCUGUAACGGUGGUAUCACACGUAAUCUUACCGUAUUGAGUGAUCAUCGACUCCAUCCUUUCAUUUUCCCUGUUUCAAUUUCUUGCGACUUCAUCUUUUUCUUUUCGGAUGCUGUUCCUUCGUUCUUUAAUUCCUCAUCCUACGUAUUGACUAUGUCCGUUGAAAGUCCCGGCGAGGGACAGGGCUUCCGGGCCUUCUUUGCCAACGCUCUCCGACCCAAGAGGUCUCGCCGAGUCCUCCGCAAGGCUAACGCAUCCACUCCGGACCUUCGCUCAACUGCCCUGGCACACAAGCUCGACGAUGAUAUCCCCCCGGUCCCUAAAAUCGCUCCGUUGCAGGCUCAUCAGGAGAAAUACCGGGCAGCAACUGGACAGAUCGACUCGCAAUUGGGAGAGAACCGCGACUACACCACGAUCCUCCAUUCACUUGGAAUCCAUGGCACGGGGAACCACGAACAAGAUGCAGAGGACUGGGAAUAUGACCCUCAACGACCAGGCGAACCAUUAAUAGCCAGUCUAUCAAUGCCGCUCUGGGGCAUGGUAGCCGAGAACCUCGAUCCCGCCGGCAGAGCCAGCUUAGCUUUCGCCAACAAAACCUUGUUCAAUCGACUCGGUCCAGGUCCCUGGAUCGAACUGGGCUAUCCCGAGAACCGCGAGUAUCGGGCUGAGUUCCUGGUAUCGCAGGACCGCUUCCUACCGCACCAUCUGCUCUGCUUCCCCUGUGCGAAAUUCCACCGUCGAACGCAAGAAGGUCGCGAGAAACUCCAACCUGCAAAUGUCCUCAAUCCGCUCUUCGAGUGUCCAAAUGCGCGCAACACAACGCUGCCCGCACCCCGUCACCGAAUCACCCACGGCCGCAACCUAUACUUCGCCUUCGUUCAACUCGCACUGCGCGCCUACCGCUUCUCCCCCAAAUACGGCAUCACUGUCGAAUCCCUCUCCCGCCGCUGGCAACGCGACGGCUGGUCCCACCACUCCCGCUACCUCGUCAACAGAGGCCGCCUCCUCAUGCGAGUCGUAAGCUCGACCUUCGCACCCCCGGACCUCCCUCCCAGUUCACAACGCCUCCUCCUCUACUCCCGCGACGACUACUGGCCGUUCUUCUCGGCGUGCGCGCAUUGGCGCGACGGCGAACUCAUGAAUACCUGCAAAUGCGCGCUAACCCAUAUCCCCAAACCCCGCGCCACAGCCGGCCUGCAAGGUGUUGAGCAAAGAGCCAAAGACAUGUCUCACGGCCGCACCUACAACCCCAAUGCUAUCACGACACUAUGCGGGAAAUGUCGUCCCAUGCGUCGCUGUCCCGACUGUCCCUCCGAAUACCUCGUCGAGAUCAAACUCACCGAAGACCGCGCGAAUCCGAAGAGCAUACACUUCCGACAUGCCAUCGUCGUUACCCGCUGGUGCGAUCUGGGCGAUGGAACAAGUCCGAAGUCCUCGCCGGAGUGGGCAGCGGCCAACGGGGAGGGAGAGAGAUAUGAUUCGUUCAAGGUAUUAGGGAAGAGAACCAUCUCGGGGACGUUCGAGUCAGCGCUCACGGAUGAUACUAUCCCUGGUCAACGGGUUCUGAAUAUGAAUCCGAAGGGGAAGAGGCUUGGUGAGGCGGGGACGAAUUGGUAUUGAUUCUCGCCAAGGUGGCCGGACGACAAAGGGUACAAGACAGAAACAAGUCAAGACGGAGGAGGUCCUCGGGAGGACUUGUCUUUUGUACCUCUGCCCCUUACCGCAUGCGCAUUCCUGGUCCCUGCAAUCGGAAUGUGCCAUCGACAAUGUCAGGCCGUUUUCGGGGAACGCAACGUACCUUUCUUUCUUUUAUCUUUCUGCCGGAGUACUUGCAAGAAAAACGCAACAUAAUACAUACCAAAUACGGCUCGACAAUAGACGCCACGUCGUCGUGGCACUGCAAAUACGGAAUAAUAACGCACAAAAGGUCUACUGUGGACAUCUAACAUCUAACAGCAACAGCAACAAAAAUGCACUUGAACAUACAUGGAUCUUACGGAGUACGGCACGGUAACUAUUGGCUUUGGUUCAACUAAAUCGGGAUGAAACGGAACAGGCGUGACUAUCAAUUUGAACAUGGGCAUUU